AUGUAUCGCUACUAUCAUCUUAUUUGGUGGUUGGGUGAUGUGGAUAGUGGAUUAAGGGCGACUGUUCAUUUACGAAUGUUGAGUAUUGGUGAGCGGUUGUUAUUGGUCGGGGUUGUUGAGGCGAACGCAUCGACCCGAGCGAUCGAUCACCGCCCACGGUAUCGGGUCAGUGCAAGACGAGAACGACCAAGGACGACAACCAGUUCCAGUGUAUUCAAUCAACAGAAUUGGAAUGCCGUAAGGAUUCUACAACUCACGGAAGUAACGGCGUGUGCAAAGUCAAGAAACCGAGGACGAAACCGCGUGGUGGGUGAAUGGAAUUCUUCGUCAGUGGUAUCGACAGCUAUUCAAGGAACGAAUAUUGUAGAAGGGAUUUUGGAUGGAAAAACUCAGCCAGUCAAUGACUGGAACGCUGAAGGGAAAGUUUGCUGUGGUGUGGGCCAUCCUCCAAGCAAUACGAUCGUCGGCCCACACCAGGAGGAGGACAAUGAGGACACGGCGCGUUUUAUUUUAUUUUUAUGAGUAGGGCAAAGGGGUGAAACGGCACGUGACGACCCGCGUAGCCCUCGAGCCAGGGAGGACUGUAAAUUAGGAGGUUUAGGUCAGAUCUAG